AACACCAUAGGCAGUACGCUUGGAAGGUACGAGCCUGCAGAUCGGUUUUCUCUGCACAGUGUACCAGGAUCGCGGCCAGCGUUUUUAAUCUUGCAAUAUUAGCUUGUCAAUAGUUGCUCAACGGCCGCGCCAGGUGCAGGUGCUGGACCAGGUGGCGGUUUAACAAGGCGAUAAUGAUCAUAAGUCCAGUCGCACUGGAGUAUAAGAAAGAAAAACAUAAGUCCAGCCGCAUUGGCGGCCCUGCCUCACGUGCACCAUCAGAAGUGCGGGGUUGGCAAGCUUGCUGGUGCUGCACCAUCAGAAGUGCGGAACUUGCGAACGGGCGACCCCUUUCCGAAAAGCAUCCGAAAACUCAAAUGAUCCCAGAGACUCUCAGUAGAGGUAGAUCAUUUUCACCGCGGAAGGUAUACCUGGAAGUGUAAAUUUCUUGUUCGCACGGAAAUUAGAUGUCUUUGCUCAAUAUCUACGAUGCAGGGGGCCCAGGGACUGUACAAUUUUGGCGACAUCUACAAUCCGCAGCGAAGCGGGUCCGGGACCACCACAGGGCCGCGGCCGAAUCCGCUGCCGAAAACGUUGGACCCAUCGGACUGGGAAUGCCCGAACGAAAAGUGCAAAAACAUCAACUUCAAGAAACGGGAGACCUGUAACCGGUGUGGCUUGAAAAAGCCCGUGGACGCGCAACCGGAUCCGCGGGUAGCUCGUCACAUCGCGGCGCAAGAAGCGGCGCUCGCGAGCACGACCAGGUGGCAGUGCCCACAUUGCGGGACGCAGAACAUGCCUGGCCGCGUGCGCUGCGAAACCUGCAACGCACCGAGAAUCACGCAGGAUCGGAUGAAGAGUAAGCUCGAGCACCAGGGCCGGGGCGGCGGGUACAUGGAUCGGCAGCAGGAUGUUGACAGACGCGACUACAACUCAGAUGAGGAAAGCGUGGACGACUUCGGCAGGAAGAAGAAAAAGAAGGGAGCCGCAGCCCGCGUUGGGCCGGCCCCAUUCCGCGGGAAGAAAAAACAUGGAGGCGGGGCGACUGACCAAGGGACGGUCCCUGGCACUGUCCCUGGUUCAAAGUCUUUGGAAAACAUUCAAACAAGCACACGCGAUCACGACGCAAUGUCUAGAGAGCGUUCGCCCAGGAGGGGCACUUGACCUUUUUCGUUUGAGCCACGUGAUUUUGCAGGACCCAACGGUCUGCCUAGCUUUGCACCGUCAACUCUGGAUGGAUUUCUAUACGCUGUGUCUCAGUAGCUGUAGCAUACCUGUCGUUUCUCGGGCUCGCCGAAAACCAUCGUGC